CAGACAUAUGUGAGGGUGAUACAGAGUGCUUGGAGUCUUGGACAAUGUUGCUUCCGACAGUCUUGAAAUGAUCUCACAUAAAAUGGAUCCGAUCCGAUCGGACCAGAACCCUGUAGAAACUCAACUUAUUGGAUAUCUAAACUUCUUGUGGGUUAUUGGACUUCAUCUCCUACUGAUAUUCUAGCCCUAGUCAACUGGGCCGUCUAACCUCCUGUAUGCAACUGGGCCUCACCUCGGCUCGUUAUUUGAACACUCUGCUGAUCAAGUGGUAAUCACCGGACGGCGCGUCGCACGAGAGGAUAGAGCGAACACACGAAGCAAAUGGCCAAUCUGGUACGGCGUCUAAAGCAAUGGCCGACGUUGCAUCACCAGGGCUGCGCCUGCACGACACCACAUCAUUUUCUCUCCUCACUCUUCCUACCACACACAAAAACCGUGUUUCCUCAUCUCUCGCUAACCGCAGUGCCUUGGGCUCAUCGUAACGUCCAUCACCGAACACGCGGCCUCAGACAGCCCAAUUCGCCAAUACCGUCUGAUCUUGUACAACGCGGUGGCGGCGACUCGGAUCUCGAUGGACGGAAGAGCCGAAACGAGCUUAAACGCGAGGCUCGGCGCGCCGUCCGUUGGGGCAUGGAGCUCGCCUCCUUCUCUACCCCUCAAAUCAAACGUAUCCUCAGAUUGGCCUUGCUUGAGCAAGAGGUGUUGGAAGCUAUAAUGCUAGUGAAGAAAUUAGGGCCUGAUGUGCGAGAAGGAAAGCGAAGGCAGUUCAAUUAUAUUGGUAAACUGCUGAGGGAAGUGCAACCUGAGUUGAUGGAUGAGUUGAUUAAGGCUACAAAAGAUGGUGACCAGAGUAGGCUGCAGGCUUUGUCAGGUUCGAUGGUUAUUGGAGAGGACGGUGAAGAAGCUGAAGAAACUGAAUACGAGGAGGAAGAAGAGGAGGAGGUGUCUGAUGAAUACAUGGACAUAACAACCAGAUGGUUUGAAGGUUUGAUCAAUAAGGACAUUGAAAUCACCAAUGAAGUUUAUUCAGUUCGGAGUGUUGAGUUUGACCGUCAGGAGUUGCGUAAACUUGUCCGGAGAGUUCACUCAAUUCAAGAACGGCAGGUCACUACCGAGGAAAACGAGAGAGAGGUAGAUGCAGCAGCAAUAAUGGCUGCCAGAAAGUCUCUCACCCGUUUCCUUCUUUCACUGGUGAAGCGAAUGGGGAGUGAUUAAUAUGAUUAUAUUCAUUUGUAUCAUUAUUUUGCGCCUUUAAGUAGUUCUUUCUGAAGUACACGACUCUUAGAUGCAGGGUAAUAUUAGAUGCUUGAUGAUAUUGUCAUGAAUGGGCACCCGAGUUUACAAUGGGGUAUACGGUUUUAGGUUAGCGGAUGCCAUAUUGUCGCUACCCGGUGUUAACUAUUGCAAAUUGUUGAGUGAAUUGCCAAAAAUUGGACUGGAGAACCAUAUAUUAUCUGGAGAA